AUGGAAUCUUACGCCUCUUCCUCUUCAGCCUCCACCACCACAUACUUGUCCCAAACCAUACAACCAACAAAGGGUUCAAUUUCAACCUCAAAGCAGCUUCCCAAUCACCAGUCAUCACUCCACUCGGUUCGAAAAUCUUCGUCGAAGCCAUGGAAGAAACCUGCUGUUGCACCACUUCCACCAACCCUACCAAGAAUCUACAAAGUUGACCCCAUUAACUUCAGGGAGCUUGUCCAGAUCCUAACCAGCGCGCCAGAGUUUAUGGAGACUCGGUCUCUCCAGAGCGUAGCUCCUCCACCGAUCGAUAUCCCUGUGUCUUCUGUACCAAACCAUGUCCCUUCUUCUUCACAAAAAAUUAGCUCACCAUUUUCGGUUAUGUACAAGGAAUUGUCGGAUACAUUGGAGCUGAGUCCGAUGCCUCGCCAACAGAACGUGCAUGAUAGCACGGUGGACUCGAGUUACCUGAGACUGAAUUUGCAGUCCCCGUCUUCCCAUCAUUGGUUUUCUUUCCCUAUGCUCAGCCCAGGGACUUUGUCCAGUAUCGAACGACCCGAAGUUCUUUAG